AUGGAAUUUUAUGAAAUAGUUAAAUCUAUUGGUUCUGGUUCUUUUGGAUAAGUAUAUCUGGCUAGAAACAAAAGAGAGGAUCGUCUUUAUGUGAUUAAGAGAAUUAAAAUUAGAGAUAUGACUUAAAAAGAUAGAGAAAAUACAGAAAAUGAAGUUAGACUAUUACAAAAAUUAAGACAUCCAAAUAUUGUAGCCUAUAAAGACUCCUAUUUAGAUAGGGAAUAGUAUUUAAAUAUAGUUAUGAUACAUUGUGAAGGUGGAGAUAUAUAUUAAAAGAUUAGAAAUAAAAAGAGUUUUCCAGAAUCAUAAAUUCUUGAUUGGUUUGCUUAAAUGACAUUAGCAUUAUGUUACUUACAUGAUUAGAAAAUCUUACAUAGAGAUCUUAAAACUUAAAAUAUAUUCCUCAAAAAUGGAAGAGUACGAUUAGGAGAUUUUGGAAUAGCAAAAGUACUUGAUUCAACAAGAGAUUUAGCAAACACUUGUAUAGGCACACCAUAUUAUAUGAGUCCAGAACUAUUUAAAUAUAAGCCAUACUCAUAUAAAAGUGAUGUUUGGGCAUUAGGUUGUUGUCUCUAUGAAAUGUGUAAUCUAAGACAUGCAUUUGAUGCUUAAUCUAUGAAUGGAUUAGCACUUAAAAUUUUAAAAGGAUCUUAUCCAUCAAUUAGUCAAUCUUAUUCUAAAGGAUUAAGAGAUUUGAUUAAUAAAAUGUUAAACAUCAAUCCUAAAGCUAGACCAACUAUUUAAGAGAUUAUUCAUAAACCUAUUAUUAAAUUGAGAAUUAUUUAUUACAUGUUGGAAGUAUUUAGUGGUAUUCAUUAUUAUUAUUCAUUAAGAACCUUAAUCUGAUGAUUUAGAUGAUAUGUAUGUAGAUACUUUAUAUGAAUAAGCAUAAUAAAUUGGAGUACUACCACUUAUUUAACAUUAUUAAAAGUAAAUGUAAUAAGGAGCUACUAUUACAGAUAUAAAAAAUGAAUUAGAAAAAGGUGGUAAGGCAGAAUAAAGAAUGUUAAUUUAAAUUCAAGAAUAGGAAGCAUUAAAAUUAAAAUAGUUAAGAAAAGAAUAAUUUGAAAAAAAGAAAUUAGAAGAUGAAAUUAAAAGACUUGAAUAAAAAUAAUAAUAAACGAAUCUUACAAAAAAUAAUGAUUCUCAUCAUAAUUCAAAAGGAGCUACUUAAAAUUUUCCUAUUAAAUCUGAAUUAAUUUAAAAAAAUGAAAUUUAAAUUAAAACUGAUUAUUAAAGAAUUCCUUAAAGAAAGGUUUCUUUGGAAAGAGAUAGAAGACCCAAUGAUUUAAGGUAAAAAUAAAAAGAAAGAAGUUUAUCUUUUGAAAAAGAUAAAUUUAGAGAUGAUAGUACUUUAAGUGUUAAAGAAAAAAUCAUAUAAAAAAAGGAUAAAUAAUUAAUUUAAAAAGAAAGUUUAUAAAAUAAAAAAAUUGUUUAAUAAGAUAAAAAAUAAAUUUAAAAUAGAUAAUCAAAAGAAAAUUCAUUAAAAGUUUAAGAAGAAUAUGAUUUAUCAGAUGAUAGUGAAGGAGUCAAUGCUAUCUAAGAGAUUGAGAAUGAAGAUGAAUAUGAAGAGGAUGGGGAUGUAGAUUAAAAAUUAGAUCUUAUGAAAACUAAACUUAAAGAAAAGACAAUUAAAAUUUAACAAAUUAAUUAAUCUUUGCAUUAAAAUAGAUAAGUCUAGAAUAUGUAAAUAAAAGCUCUAGAGAGUAUUUUAAUAUAAAAUUAUUUAGCUGGUUAAGCUAUACCUUAAGUAGAGGAAGAAUUUGAGAAUGAAGAAGUAGAAGAUGAAGAACAUGAUGAUGAAUAUGAAUUAUUGCAAGAAGAUAUCAAAUCAUCAAAUUAAAUAACUUCAAGAAUUUAAGAUAGAAUUAAAUUAUUGAAACAUAGGUGUGAAGGAGGAUUAGGCUCUAAUCUAACAGAUAAAGCUUUAGCAUUCAUAAGAACUAAAUGUAUUUAUAUUAUAUAUUAAGAAUCUUCUAAUUAAGAAUUAAGGAAAUAGUUAAUAGUAUUAUUAGGAGAAGAAAAUAUAGGAUAUUGGUAACUAUUUGAUCAAAUACUUUAUAUGGAAGAUUUGAUUGCAAAAUAUUGA